AAGCAGUCGCGUUGAGAGUUAUCUUUUAAGAUGACGUUCUUUAACCCCAGGUCAGCCUUGAUCAAGCAGGCCUAUAAUCAAAAGCACUGCAACCGUGACCAUCCCGUUCUUUCUGUUAUAUGUAGGUAACGUUGGAACAUAUUAUCAUCAUAUUAUCCAACUGGUCCUUUUCUAAAACCGCAGGACGUGUUUUGAGAGGAUUUGGCCGCUAUUUCUAGAGGUUGAGUGACCACGUAGAGGCUCUCUCUCUGGCACGUGCAAAUGUUUUUGUAAAGAAACAAGGAUUAUUUCGUCAUCCACUGAGUAGCUGACCUCUGCAAUAGUGCAUGACUUUUGUUCCCUGACCCACUGAACAAUAUCAGAUAUUGGUUAUGUUUCAGCGUGAAGACAGUUGCAUUAAAAUGACGAAAACACUAUUUCUCACAGUCUUUACUCUGGUUUUGAUUCUGCCUACCUCUGUGACAUUGGCUGUUGGUUUUAUCUAUAACUGUGACAUCGAGGUCGAGUGUUCUGAAUGUCCUCCGGUGGGAAGCUGCUUAAGAACAAUACAAUGUGGUUGCUGUAAAAUUUGUGUUCAACUUUUGAAGAAAAAUGCUGUUUGUAGCUCUUCAUACAACAUGAUUUUGCAAUCACCGGCAGAAUGUGCUCCAGGACUUGUGUGUAACCCAUAUAGCAAAACAUGUACAGAUGAUCAUUCUUACCUCAAGCACUUACGAAAUAUUGAAUGCCAAGGUCGUAUAUGCCAAUGCAGCUUUAAUGGACAAAUACUUAAAGACUAUGAAUAUCUACAUUCGUCUCAAGUUACUCCCAGUUCUUGUAAGUGUGCUGUAAAAAAGGCCAAAUAUCGUGUAUUAAAAUUAGAUGAAAACACGUUCAAUUGCACCAGACAUGGCAGCUUUGAGAAGCUUCAAUGUGUUGGUGCAGUUUGUUUUUGUGUUAACGAGGAAGGGAAAAGACUAAAAGAACAGGGUUCAUUUACAAUGAGUAAUUUCAGAAAAAACCCCUGUUAGGUUGUAUUUCUCAACAUAAUUUCGAUGUUUCCAACUUCAUGUGUUUAAUACACUCUAUACAAUGACUUCCAGUUAUUGUAUAAAGAAAAAAGGAUAUCUAAUGGUGGUGUGAUGAGGUUGAUGAUAGUGAAGCUCUACCAAGUAAAAACCAAAUAUCAGUUGAAAAUUGCCGUUUUCCUACUCAUGUUAUUUUAACAUAGUUGAAAAUAUUUUCUUUAUUAAUGAAGACAUUCAACAUUCAUUACACAGCUGUUACACAUUUAAAUUAUUAGCACUCGAUUUCUUAACGCAUUAACCAAAUUUAUUUGAUAAUAAACCAUUUCAAAAU